GCGACAUAGUAUAUAGUGAAACUUGUCCGUAACAAGUUCAAUUUCAAAGGCCGAGUAUCUCCACCUAAUCCGCCUCGGUGUGCUCGUCUUCUCAUUUCUCUGGAUGAAUACCUCCUUGAAACUCAGCUAUGGACUCGAGAAAAACAACGCCGCCGCCUUCGCCACCGUCGCCGCUAAAGCCGGCGACGUCAAAUUUAAAGCUUCUAUGACCGACGCCACAUUCGUUAAUGGCCCCAGCUUAACCGGAUUGGCUCUCGCCGUCGAGAAACCCGGCUCUUUCGUCAUCGACUUCGACGUCCCCAAAAAGGAUUUUAAGUUCAGGUUCAUGAACACAAUUAAUGUAGCGGGGAAGCCGUUGAAUCUGACGUACAUGCAUAAUAGAGGUGAAAAUCGGACGACAUUGGAUGGAGCGCUUGUGGUCGAUUCGGCUAACAAGGUUUCGGGUAGUUACAUGUUUGGCACGAAGGAUAAUUUCAAGUUGAAGUACACCUAUGUGCACGGAGGGACGACUACGUUCGAGCCCUGUUUCGAUUUCGCUGGUAAAUCUUGGGACUUUAUGCUGUCACGCAAGGUUUACGGGGAUGAUGUGGUUAGGGCUACAUAUAAGACAUCCAAUCGUGUGAUAGGACUGGACUGGUCCAGGAAUUCCAAGCAGUCUUUCAAGAUUUCAGCCAUCAUCGAUUUGAACGAGGAAUCGAAAGUUCCGAAAUUAUUUGCUGAGAGCACAUGGACCUUCGAAUCAUGAUCUUUAUUUUUUUUUUACUCUUCUAAUUUGAAGUUUGCACAUUGAAAUAACUUACAUGUUAUACAACUUCCCAUUGGUCAUGUCCUUGUUGUUUUGAGCUUCUUUUGAGGCCUUUGAAUAAUACUGUCUAUGCUGAUUGCGGACUAAAGGCAGUUUAUGGGUAUUAAGUGCAAGAAAAUUGGCUUCUCCAAAAGAAAA